GGGCGGGCCCGCGGGCCGCGUGGCGCGGGAAUGGAGGCGCAGCGGGAGGUGGUGGAGCAGCUGGAGAACCUGGCCGUGGGGCCGGGCGGGCAGCGGGCGCCCGACAAGGAGAAGGCGCCGGGCCCUGCGGAGGGCGGUGGGGAAGCCCAGGCCCCGCUGCCCCCAGCCGCGGGGCUGCGCCGCUCGCCGCCGCCCGCUUGGCCCGUGGCAGCUGCUGUCGCCGUGCCCUCCUCGGACUCGGACAGUGAUACAGAUUCAGAUAGUUCAUCAACUACACCUUCCUCUUCAUCUUCAGCAGUAUCUGAUGAAGAUGAUCAUCCAAAUGAGAAGGAUAACAGAUCUUACUGUGUUAGAACAAAGGAUGAGUUGCCUAUUGAUGAGCUACCCCCUGUUGAAGACUUAUCAAUAAUUCUGCCAGAUAAUGUUGAACUGAAGCUCUUUGGGACAGUUUCCAGCAUCAUUGAGCAGCUAGUAAUAAUUGAAUCACUGAGAGGCCUACCUCCAGUAAAUGAGGAAAGCAUAAUUUUUAAAGAAGAUCGACAAGCAGCCGGAAAGAUAUUUGAGAUAUUUGGUCCUGUUUCUCAUCCUUUUUAUGUGAUAAGAUUUAACAGCUCUGAGCAUAUCAAAGCAAAAGGUAUUAAUGUACAGGAUAGCAUGUAUUUUGCUCCAUCAGUGGAGGACUUCACCCAGUAUAUAUUUGCAGAGAAACUUAAACAGGAAAAAGGUUCAGAUGCAUCUUGGAAGAAUGACCAAGAACCACCGCCUGAAGCUUUGGAUUUCAGUGAUGAUGAAAAAGAAAGAGAGGCAAAACAGAAGAAAAAGAAGCCUCAAAGUCAAGGAAGGAAGAAAGUCAGAUCAGAAACACUUCCAUCAAGUGAGAAUAAAGGGCUUGAUCAGUCAGUGCAACAGCCUGCUUCAAGUUACUCAAGGGGAUACCGCGGCAGAGGGUUCUCCAGGGAUGUAUUUCCUCCUCCAUCAGGCCCUCGAGGGUUUUUCAGACCAAAAGUAAGACCACCACAGCUAUACUCUUCAGACAAGAGGAUACACCAGGAAUCGCCAGUGUUUCCACAACCUUAUAGAAAAGAAAAUCCAAUGAUGCAACAGUAUUCCUUUCCUCCUCCAGUUUUUGAUUCUGUCAGUGGUGGGCAUCAAUUCCACCCUUCACCUUCGAAUAUGAAUAUGAUGUGGACAGGCCCAAGCAUGUACAAUUCACCCUACUCAUUUCUGCCACCACCGCCGCCACCUCCUCCCGACAGCCAUCCUCCUCAGUUCAGGCAUUACUAAGUUUCCAUACACGUCCAUGUAGAGCACUGCAGUUUACAGGGAGAAAGAACAGGCUGCCAAGACUGCUUUUCCUUAUUUUGGAGAUGUUCUCUUUUACUGCAGCAGUAGACCAAAUGCAGAGUUUUGUGCUAUAUGGGGCAUCCGCAGAAAAUGAUUCUUUUUCUACAUAUGUUUUCUGUUUCCAAAAAGAAAUCUAUAUGAUAAAAGUAACUGAAUAUUAAGUAAUGGUUAAUUUUUAUAAUAUCUGCUACUUUAAGAUGAUAAAUAAAAGCCUUUUGGAGACUGGUA